GCUGGUGGAUGUCCACUCUAAUAUGGCUGGGACUGCUGCUUCUCCAGGCGUGUCCGGCGGCCGUGUCGGCACAGAAACUCGAUGAGAACGACCCGGUGGUCACCACCACCAUCGGCAAGCUGCGCGGCAUCAAGAAGGAGCUCAACAACGAGAUCCUGGGUCCUGUCGUUCAGUUUCUGGGAGUCCCGUACGCCGCCCCACCCACGGGCGAGCGCCGCUUCCAGCCGCCUGAGCCUCCGUUGUCGUGGCCGGACGUCCGCAACGCCACGCACUUUGCCCCCGUGUGUCCUCAGAGCAUUGUGGAGGGCCGCCUGCCGGACGUCAUGCUGCCGGUGUGGUUCACCAACAGCAUCGACGUGGUGUCCACCUACGUCCAGGACCAGAGCGAGGACUGCCUCUAUCUAAACAUCUACGUCCCCACUGAGGAUGGUCCCCUUACAAAGAAACACACUGAUGAUUUAGGUGAUAGUGACCGCACGGACGACGAAGACAUUAGGGAGAGUGGAAGCCCCAAGCCGGUGAUGGUUUUCAUCCACGGGGGCUCCUACAUGGAAGGAACUGGGAAUAUGUUUGAUGGCAGCAUCCUGGCCAGCUAUGGAAAUGUGAUUGUCAUAACUGUCAACUACCGGCUGGGCGUCCUAGGGUUCCUGAGUACAGGUGACCAGGCAGCCAAAGGGAAUUACGGCCUGUUGGAUCAGAUCCAGGCUCUGCGUUGGACCAGCGAGAACAUUGCAGCCUUCGGCGGCGACCCGUUACGUAUCACCGUGUUCGGCUCGGGCGCCGGAGCUUCCUGUGUGAACCUUCUCACGCUGUCCCACUACUCUGAGGGCCUGUUCCAGAGAGCCAUCGCUCAGAGCGGCACGGCGCUGUCCAGCUGGGCCGUCAGCUUCCAGCCAGCCAAGUACGCACGGAUGCUGGCCCGUAAGGUGGGCUGUAACCUGGAGGACACGGUAGACCUGGUGGCGUGCCUGCAGAGGAAACACUACAAGGAGCUCGUGGAUCAGGACAUCCAGCCGGCUCGCUACCACAUCGCCUUUGGCCCCGUUAUUGAUGGAGAUGUGAUACCCGAUGACCCUCAGAUACUGAUGGAGCAAGGCGAGUUCCUCAACUACGACAUAAUGCUGGGAGUGAACCAGGGCGAAGGCCUGAAGUUUGUGGAGCUCAUCGUGGACAACGAGAACGGCGUGCAGGCCAACGACUUUGACUACGCCGUGUCCAGCUUUGUGGACGACCUCUACGGCUACCCGGAGGGCAAAGACAUCCUCCGAGAAACCAUCAAGUUCAUGUACACGGACUGGGCCGACCGACACAACCCAGAGACACGCCGCAAGACGCUGCUGGCCCUCUUCACCGAUCACCAGUGGGUGGCUCCAGCUGUUGCCACGGCCGACCUGCACUCCAGUUUUGGCUCACCGACCUACUUUUAUGCCUUCUACCAUCACUGUCAGACAGAACAGGUACCGCCGUGGGCAGACGCAGCGCACGGAGACGAGAUCCCGUACGUGUUCGGGCUCCCCAUGAUCGGACCGACGGAGCUGUUUCCCUGCAACUUCUCCAAGAACGACGUGAUGCUGAGCGCCGUGGUCAUGACCUACUGGACCAACUUUGCCAAGACGGGGGACCCGAACCAGCCUGUCCCCCAGGACACCAAGUUCAUCCACACCAAGCCCAAUCGUUUUGAAGAGGUUGCAUGGACACGCUACAACCAGAAAGACCAGCUUUACCUGCACAUCGGCCUGAAGCCCCGGGUCAAGGAGCACUACCGAGCCAACAAGGUCAACUUGUGGUUGGAGUUGGUUCCUCAUCUACACAGCCUCAAUGAGGUCACCCAGCUCAUCCCCACCACCACCAAGAUCCCUCCACCAGAAGCCACCAACCGGACACCGAAGACGAAGGUUUUGGUGACCAAGCGCCCGCAGCCGACCCCGUUCCCCACGGAGACCCAGGACAGCCACAACCAACCGCACCUGGUGGACCAGCGCGACUACUCCACCGAGCUGUCGGUGACCAUCGCCGUGGGAGCCUCCCUGCUGUUCCUCAACAUCCUGGCCUUCGCCGCGCUCUACUACAAGAAGGACAAGCGCCGGCACGACGUCCACAGACGCUGCAGCCCCCAGCGGAGCGCCGCCAACGACCUGGCCCACACUCAGGAGGAGGAGAUCAUGUCCCUGCAGAUGAAGCAGCACUCGGACCUGGACCGGGACUGCAGGGGGGUUGGCGACUCUCUGCACCCGCACGAUGUGGUGCUGAGGACUGCCUGCCCGCCGGACUACACUCUGGCCAUGAGGCGCUCGCCGGAUGACAUCCCACUCAUGACGCCAAACACCAUAACCAUGAUCCCCAGCACCAUGGGAGGGCUCACCUCACUCCACUCGUUCAACACCUUCCCCAGCAGCGGGCAGAACAACACCCUGCCCCACCCGCACCCACACUCACACUCCACCACCCGGGUAUAG